GCUUGUUGGAAAUAUUGAAAAAUGUAUCACAUCCAAAUCAUCAGAUAUCUGUCGGUAGCCGCCGGCAGGCUAUCAAUCAAUCAAUUAACUGGCCAAUUUGUCUGCAUCUCCUCUAGUUAAUCGUUGGGACCCUCCCCCAACCCCUCCCCCCCCAAAAAACCCAAAAACAUCCCCCCGACCUAUUGAAUUGUUAAUCACUCUACCAAUCAAUCAAGCAGGUCUUGUUUGUACUGAACAACGGUUUUUCCUUCUGCAUUUGUUUCUGCACGAUUGAUUGAUCGACGGACCGAUCCCAGAAAUCGACAGGCCGGUUGUUAAUGUCCAUCACUCAACUCAACUCCCAACUGAUUGAACUCCAUCUGAUCGAUCAAACAAUCGAUCAAUCAGUCUGAUCAAUCAAUCGAUGAAUCAAUCGAUGAAUCAAUCCAUCAGGAGGGAAUCAUCAUCGGCCUACCAAUCGAACUGUUAAUCUCGAUCGAUCGAUCGAUCUAUCGAUCGUUCGAUCAAUCAAUCAAUCAAUGAUUCAAUCUUUCCACUAAUCACGCAAUCCAAUCAAUCAACCCAACCAAUCAAUCCAAUCAGUCAUUCAAGCAAUGAAUCAAUCUUUCAACUAAUCCAUCAAUCCAUCUAAUCAAUCAAUCCCAUCCAGUCAAUCAAUCCAAUCCAGGCAAUCCAUCCAUCCAUCCAUCCAUCCAUCCAUCCAUCAAUUGGUCGGUCUUCGCGCAAUCUACCGAUGUUCAUCGAUCUAAACGUUGUGGUCUCCGGCGUGGAUGAAUGCACUCGGCGGGAGCUUGUUGGGUGGAUAGUGAAAUUAGGCUAUCAUGGAUUGGCGGAGGCUGAGCUGGAGCUUGCCCACGUGGCAUUGGGGAGAUCGGCCACUCCUCGACCGCUGAUUGACAAGGCCUCUGCUUUGUCAGCGAUCCCGGGAGCGGAAGAGCGGGCGCGUUUUCACACCUGCCUUUUGGAGAAGAAGAGGGACGCUUCAUCCGCUACCGCCACGCCGGCUUUCAGGCACCUGAGGAGGAUCACUCUCAAGGUGGAUGACGUGGCAUACGCACAGCAUCUCAGCGGUCUGUGUCCGGCUUUGUCGGAGUUCGACGUGAUUGCCGCCGAACCUUCAAACGUUAAUGUGCUGGAGCACCUCUGCCAAAACAGUCAGCUGGCCGAUGCGAUGGCCGACUUGUCUACUAAGCGGGCCGCCAGUGCUGAGAAUUCCCUGCCGGGUCGCGGUUCCAGGAGUGCUGACAAUUCCACCACUCCAGUCAACGGUACACCAGUGGACGGUACGAAAAAGAGGCAGAAGGCGGCGGGAGCGGAGGAAGCCAGUGUGACGCCGACACGUCCCUCGGCUGGCGAGGAUGCCGGCGGAAAGGCCGGCGACGAUGGCCUUCCACUGAUCACAGAUGGCCAUACACGGGGGGAAGAAGGGCAAAACCCUGCAGCAGCGGUUUCCUCUUCGAGAAAAGAGGAUAGAAAGCCUGAUGACUUGUCUCUAGUGAAUGUGAAGCGGCGGAAAAUAGAUGGAGGGUGGCAAGACAACGAUACAGGUCUCUCCGAGGAUGCAAUUAGUUUGCUGCUUUCGCCUGCCGUCAAAGGUGAUGUACGUUUGGCAGAUGGCCCACCGAGGGAAUGCACUAGUGGUGUCACUCCGCUCGGCAGUGCAGUAAGUCGUCAGACGAGAUCCGACGAAGGCGAUGAGGAUGAGCCGACAACAGCUUCCCAAGCUGAUGGUGUGAAGAACAAGGACAAUGGCAACGAUGAUAAGUCAAGCAUGCCAGCGGCUGAGGCUGCACAAGUGCAGCAACACACUCCAUUGCAGGUGGUGCCCGCCAGAGGAGUCGGAGCCGAUCAAAACAUCAGUGAAGCAAAUGCUCAACUUUGUGCAGCAGUUAUGCAGACCGGAGAGGGAGAGAGCACGCAGCAUAUCUCUUCCUCUCAAAGGCUUGCGGAAGAAGCUUGUCAACGACACAGCAGUGGUAAUGUUCGAUUCGCUCCUUCGCAGCAAGGGAUUGGCAAACCUGCCGGAAGCUUUGGGAAGAUUCAAUACGCUCCAUCCCAGCGGGGACACCUUUUCACCCCGCCUAUUGAUGUGCCGAGUACCCGGAAGCCGCCGCAGUAUGCUCCCUCGCAAAGCAGCAUUGGGGGGGUGGCAACUCAAAGCGGCAGUGGGGGUGGUGUGCGGUACGCCCCGUCGCAAAGGUGCAAGGACAUUGCCAGGGAGAUCGUCCACAACAAUUCUUCUUCGCAACGAUGCGAAACAGACAUUUGUAAUGGAAGCGGCGAUGGUGCAAACAUUCCACAGGGGGUUGUUGAGAGCAGCAGCAGAAAAGAGGCUCUUCCAAGCGGUGAUGACAAUGCGCAGUGCACCCCUUCACAAAGGAGUUCCAAUUCAGAAAGGACUCUUCAAAGCGACGGGAAUGAGCAGACCAUUCCUUCGGAAAGGUCGUUGGAUCUUGACAAGCAAAUCCCAAGCAUCGGCAUUGGGGAGGUGGUUGAGAAAGCUUGUGCUGCUGGGCGUACGAAGGACGGUGAUGGUAGCCCGAUAAGAGGUGACAACAACAUGAAUGGUAGCAUUGAUUGUACUCAUGACGUAGAUGGAAUGGCAGCUAUGGGGAGAGAUCUUGAGAGGAAUGGUGCAGGUGGAGAUGGAGAUGGAGAUGGAGGUGGAGGUAGUGGUGGUAUUCAGUAUGUGGUGGCAGAUUUUAUGCUUCUAGUAGAUGAAGCAGCGGCAGAGCCGAAAUAGAAGAACGCAGUCUGAUUGUAACUUACUCAAGACGAGAGUCCAAAUGAGGAGUUUGGAGAUGCACGGGUGUGUUCAGUGUGUGCGAGGUACACGGACAUGUCCGGUAGGUGUGCAUGGACAUAUUCAAUGUGCGGAUGGACUACAUGUCGCGAGUUACACGGACAUCU